AUUGUAGGGUGUGCUGGAAUGGUUGUGGGUCAUCCAUUAGAUACAAUUAAGGUACAGCUUCAAACUCAAGCAGCACAUAACAGAUACGAAAGCUUAAAGGCGUGUGUUGAAUCUGUUAAGAACCAAAGCCUGGUGAGUUUUUACAGAGGACUAUCGUGGCCCCUAUUGAGCUAUGGUGCUAUAAAUUCUGUAUAUUUUGGUGUAUAUGAGAAGUCAUUAACCUGGUUAACAGGCCAUGGUAUAUGUAGUAAAAACAGCCAUGUUAAUAUGUUUAUAGCAGGAUCUAUGGGCGGGGCAGCUCAGCUAGUUAUAGCUUGUCCUAUAGAUGUUAUCAAAGUUGUUUUACAAUCUCAAAUACCUCAUACUAAAGAUGAGAAAUUAAAGAAAUAUUAUAAAGGACCAGUGACAGCAUUCCGUGAUAUACUUCGAGUACGUGGUAUAGCUGGACUAUACCGUGGAAUAGGUGCUCAAUUAAUACGUGAUAUUCCAUCCUCAGGUGUAUACUUCUUCUCAUUUGAAUAUUUACGAACGCAUUUAUCAGUGUUCGUAUCACGGGACUCAAAGCUUGUCAGUCUGCUAGCUGGUGGUACGGCCGGGGUGAUAAGUUGGUUAUCAAUUCUACCGUUGGAUGUGGUAAAAAGCAGACUUCAAGCUGACACUGAACGAAAACUGUUCACAGGAUUUUGGAAUUGUGCUGUAAAAAGUUAUCAGGAAGAUGGAAUCAGGGUGUUUUUUCGAGGUGGAACGAUGGUCAGUCUUCGUGCCUUUCCUGUUAACGCUGUGAUAUUUUUGACUUAU